AUGCUGGUCUGGAUAUGGUCAGUUUGCCUCUUGACUGCAAUAUAUCUCUACUUCCGGCAAGUUUAUGGCUUCUUUAAAAAGCGAGGUGUGAAGACAACGGGAAUAAUUCCACCUUUCGGCACUAUAUGGAGCGUUUUGGCACGGCGAGAGCAUAUUAGUGACCAAAUUAUCAGGACCUAUAACCAAUUUUCAGACCAGAGGUUCUACGGUUCGUUCCAAUUAGUGAAGCCGUUGGUACAGGUGAGGGAUAUCGAGCUGAUCAAAAAUAUUAGUAUCAAGGACCUCGAGCAUUUCCUCGACCAUAACCAAUUCCUCAACACAGAGAUCGAACCGGUUUUUGGAAGAAAUCUUUUCGCUUUAACAGGACAAGAAUGGAAGGACAUGCGAUCGACCCUCAGCCCUGCUUUCACCAGCUCCAAAAUGAAAAUGAUGCUGCCACUGAUGGUGGAGGUCGGAGAUCAGAUAAUUGUACCGCUUGAGAAAAAUAUCCAGGCAUCUGAACAAGGUUAUUUGGAUGUGGAUGUGAAAGACCUAAUGACCAGAUACGCGAAUGACGUAAUUGCAUCUUGUGCCUUUGGCCUGAAGGUGAAUUCUUACGUGGACGAAAACAACCAGUUUUACGCGAUGGGAAAAAUCCUUUCUAAUAUUUCUUUGCGUCAAAUUUGUUUGCUUUUCUUGGCGCUUUGUUUUCCGAAGGUCAUUAGAACAUUAAAAUUGACUCUGUUCCCCAAGGCGGUAGAGAACUUCUACAGGACGCUGGUGACGGAAACGAUGCAAACCAGGGAGUUAAAAAACAUCGUUCGGCCUGACAUGAUACAUCUGCUAAUGGAAGCUAAGAAAGGAAAAUUGACGUACGAUGAAAAAUCAAGCCAUGUCAAGGAUGCUGGCUUUGCCACCGUCAAAGAAUCGUCUGUUGGUCAGAAGAAAAUCACCAGAGUAUGGUCCAACGACGACUUGUGCGCCCAAGCCAUUCUGUUUUUCGCCGCUGGUUUCGAGAGCGUAUCUUCUACAAUGUCUUUUCUGCUGUACGAGCUGGCUAUCAAUCCUGAUAAGCAAAAGAAGCUGUACCAGGAAAUUAAAGAGAACGAGGUCAAAAACAACGGGAAAUUUGACUAUACUUCUAUACAGAAUAUGAUUUAUAUGGACAUGGUGGUCUCUGAAAUAUUAAGAUUAUAUCCGCCCAGCAUUAUCUUAGAUAGAUGCUGUACCAAUAACUACAAUUUGGGCAAACCUAACGACUAUGCCACUGAGGACUACAUUAUCCGCAAAGGUGAAGGUAUUCAGAUCCCCGUGUGGGCAAUUCACCGCGAUCCUCAAUACUUCCCGAGGCCGGACAAGUUCGAUCCUGAGCGGUUCUCUGAAGAGAACAAGUACAACAUCCAGCCUUUCACUUAUAUGCCAUUUGGACUUGGACCUAGAAAUUGCAUUGGUUCAAGAUUUGCCCUAUGUGAAGUGAAAGUAAUGGCUUAUCAAAUCAUAAACCUCUUUGAAAUAUCGCCAUCGAACAGAACGACUAUACCUCCCAAGCUGGAUCCCUCUUCGCACAAUAUUCGCUUAAAGGGGGGUCAUUGGAUCCGAUUUAAGACUCGGAAAUAGCCGUAAAUAAAAAUUGCCAGAAACCAGAACUCUACGCGAACGAAGCAACAUGGUGUUCGUGUAAAAAUAACAAUCAUAGUGUUGGGCUUAAAUAAUUUAUAAGUUUUUAUUAAAAAAACCC